AUGGCGUCUCUGGGAUGUGUUGGCCAUGUUGGUAUCGCCAUAUUGGGGUUACGCCAAAUAGAGCCCCAAGGUGGUGCCACCCAGAAGGACCCCGGCAUUCGGGGCAUCAUGACCCCCAUCUGGAUCUUACUCCUUCUCCAGCUGCGACUCACCAGAGAGGAAGAUGCCUACGUCCAGAAGGGGCAGGACCGGGAGCUCCCUUGCGGCCUGGUCGAGUCUCUCCCGGGCGCGGAAGAGGUGACGUGGUCCUACAAUGCUGGUGUUCCUGGGUCCUCGUCGGUGCCGUUAUUCCGGGGCGCGGCGGGUCAGGCCCUGAAGAAGGAGGCGGAGGCCAGGGAGCGGCUCUCCGUGUUCCGCAACCACUCCCUGUACCUGCGGAGGGCCGAGGACGGGGACACGGGGACCUACUGGUGUUCGGUUCAGGGAGCCACCCGCAACACCUACCACCUGAAUGUUGUCACAGGGACCCAGAUGGCGCUGACGACCGGCCACACCAACAUGACCUGCCACCAGUUCUCCUGCGCGAUCUUGGACCGGCAGGCGCUGCCGGCGGUGACAUGGCGGGUCGACGGGCAGCGGGCGCAGGACACCGACGGGCAGGGCCAGCACCUCGUCUUCUCGGGCUCGCGGGUGGCGCUGCUCCAGGCCUGCUGGAACAGGAGCGACCAGGGGGCCAGGAAGAAGAAAAGACGGGUCAAGUGUGAGGUGAACGGCCUGCAGGUCACCUUCAACCUCGCUGGGAAGGACCCCCCUGCCCCCAACGUGGGGGGACCCGCCUGUAGCUCCGCCUGGAUCCCCCUGGCCGUGUGCGCAGCGCUGGAGUUCCUGCUCCUCCUUGCCUUGGGGGCGGCGCUGUGGAGGCGGGGGCAGCCGGACCGGAGGUCACACCUCGGCGACCUUCCCGUGCACACCCAGCCAGGUAGGUGCCCCGCUGCGGAUCUGUGGGGCCGCUGGGCCUAG